AUGGCUGCUGCAGCUGGAACCGCGGCAGCGCCAGCUGUAGUGGCCGACGGGCCGCUAUGGAAGACACGAUUCCUGGACUAUUUCGUGGUGUGCGGCUUAGGUCUGGACCUGCGGUUAAUGGACGGCACUCGCGGAUUCCACGGCAUGAAGAGCCAUGGCGUGCGCAUUUCGUACAUGCCUGUGCUCAUCGACCGCCUGCCGGCCGAGGAGCACAAGAAAUUCAAGAUCCCGGAAAUGUUACCGCUGGCCGUGCUCCCUGGCGGGCUGCGCUUCUACAGCCAUGGCGCCAACCAGGACGAGCCGCUGUCGUUCCCGCGAUCCUACCCCAUCAUCCUUACCGAGGGCGACGGCACCAAGGUGUACGUGUCAGUACUGGCGUUCCGUGAUCUGGUGGACGAUGACGUGGCGCAGGCCUACUCCAUCCCGCCCAACUCGUACGCGGACAAGUGUCUGUGCGUGGUGUCGCACUACCCGUUCCUCGACACCUUCUCCGACCUCCUCACUGAGAUCCACCGCCUCGCCUUCCAACCGCUCGGCAGCCCGCGGCCGAUAUGGGACAUAAUAGCGGGGGUGAUGUCGGUGCCACUGCCAUCAGGCCCACAGCAGACGGUGGUGUUCAGCGUUGAGAGCGUUGUGCUCUCCACCACUCUGCCCGACCCCCAAGCCCUCCCCUCCUCACACGUGUCGUUUUUCCCCCUUGUAAGCUGUCUCGACAUUGACAACAUCAUCCAGCUCUUCACGGCCGUGCUCCUGGAGAGAAGAGUGCUGCUGCUUGGAGGCAUGCUGAAGCUACUGACGAACGUGGCGGAGGCGGUCACAGGCCUGCUGUACCCCUACAAGUGGAUGCUGCCGUACAUCCCGGUGCUGCCGCUGCCUCUGCUGGAGCUGCUGCACGCGCCGGGCAUAUUCAUCUACGGCAUCAACACGUCCGAGUUCGAACUGCAGGACGAACUUGAUGGGGUGGUGCUAGUGGAUCUGGACACGAACCGAGUGCGCAUGAUGAGUCUGGAGAGCGAGCAGGAGGAGGAGGACAUCCCGCCUCUGCCCGAGCCCGAGGCCUCAGAGCUGAGGGCGGCGCUGCACGCGCUGAUCCACCCGCACCUGGCCGUGCUGGAGUCGGUGCGGCACCACCGCUCGCCGCUGCUCGCCGCUGGUGUGCAGCAGUUUGAUGAGAAGACGUUCAAGACGUGGGGGCGCCAUCAUGAUGAGCAGUUCAGGCAGCUGUUCCUGCGCUUCCUGGCGUCCGUGCUCCACGGCUACAAGGAUUUUGUGAUGGAGGAUCAUUUUGAGGCGGGCAAGCUGGUGUUUGACAAGCUCAGCUUCCUGCUGCGCCGCUCCGAGCUCUACGAUCACGCCACCGAGCCCUUCAUAGAGGCGAUGCUCUCAACGCUGGGGUGGCACAACUUCUUUGAGUGCGAGCUGGCGCAAUCCCCCGAGGAGCUGACGCAGUUUGAUGCCAUAAUGCAGCGCGCACACAACAAGGACCCGCACAUCACAAUCCCCCAGCUGCCCCCCACCGACUUCCUCACUGUCGACAUUUACCAGGCCCUGCCAGCGGCAAAGCGGGGAGCGGUGGGGCGGUACGUGUACCAGCGCUUCCCCAACAACGAGAAGGCGGGCGGCGAGCAGGAGGCCAGAAGUCUGGCGGUGGAGAAGGCGAUGAGGGCGUGGCUCAAGGAGCGCCGUCUGGGCCGCACUCGCAGCUCCAAGGAGCGAGGGGCGCAAAGGGAAAUGAUGAAGGUGGACACUCAAGUGCGCCUCUGUCAACUAUGGGACCAACUAAGAGGCUUACCUCCGGGCGAGCACCCCAUGGGAUCAGAGCACUACGGCACCAUCUACGGAAUGAUCGAGUCGGACCCUGAGGGCUUUGGGGGCUCCAGCUUCCUCGCGUGCCUGGAGGAGAACAUCACCAUCGGGUGGUCGGGCGAGCUCACUCGAGAGAUGUUCAUGGCGUGUCGUGAGCUGAUGCUGGUGGCGGCGUCGAGGGCGGGGGAGAGGAGGGACUACCAGGUGGCAGGGGGGCUGUUGGAGAUAGCGGGGCGGAUCUACUUCCGGGACGAGUUCGGCAUGCUCGACUUCAUGCGCCGCUACCUCGGCUCCCUGCACGUCUGGCACUCGCAAGCCCUAUGGGACGAGCUUUUUGAGCAGCGCAUGCAGGAGCUUGGAGAAGACUCCUUUGGCAACUACUCGCAGAUGGUCAUGCUCACACUCAAGGCCUGCGCCUUCCACAUGGUGGAGCUGGGAAUAGCGGACAAGGAGACGUGGAAGAUGCUGCUGCACCUCGCCAGCGAGCACGGCCUCCGAGAGAAGCGCCAGGUGCUGUGCCGCUGGGGAGGGGUGGGGGGGGGGGGAGGGAGGGGGGAAGAGGCUGGGAGGAGGGAAGGGGAGAUGCCACUUCGGGGGUGGGGAGUUGGAGGUGCUGUUGGGGGAUACAGGGUGGAUGGGUGGAUGGAUGGAGGGAUGGGCGGAGGAGGUGUCACACGCUUAAAUAGAAUGGCUGGUGGGGAGCACGUUGAUUCUGACGAGUGUUCAGUACACAAAUAUGCAUCCACGAUCAGAGGCAUACGCACUCCGCACUCUAGUGCUGGUUGGAAUGCUACCACCAACCAGCUCUUCCCCACGCCCCCCUGCUCACCUCUUCUUUUGCAUCACUCUCCCCCACAUCCGCGCUCCGGUACUCCCCCUUUUCCUUCCUCCCCUCUCUCACCACAGAACCUGCUGCGCGGCCAGCUGUCGCUCAUCCAGCUCAAGUUCCGUUUCUACGGCCCGCCGCGCCUGGCGCUCAUGAUGGCGCUGGCGCCGCGAAUCGCCCCCAAGAUGGAGCAGGCCGCGCGCCUCAAGGGCGGGGGCGGGGGAGGCGCAGGGGCGGAUGGCAUGGCACGAGUGGACAGUAAUAAUACUCUGGAGGGGGAGGGGGGAGGCGCGGUGCAGCAUAAGGGGGCGCUGGCGCGGAGCAAGAGCAAGGCGGGGCGGCGGGGAGUGAACUUUGAUGUCGGGGGGAAGGGUGCGCCGACCACGACGCCCAAGGGUGGGGGAGGGGGGAUGACGAGUCCGAGAGGAAAGGGCAAGGCGGAUGGGCUUGAUCGCCGGGCAGAGCGCCUGGUGAGAGCAGACCCGGUGCACCAGCAGGCGAGGAGGGAGGGCGAGGCGGGCAUGCGGGUGCUGAGGGGGCACAGUGCAGCGGUGACAGCGCUGCAUGUGGGGUCGGUGAGCGACCUGGGCGACCUGCUCUCCGGUUGUGAUGACGCCGGCUACUUCGUCUCCGGCUCUGCUGACCGCACCGUGAAGCUGUGGAGUGCGAACCGCGUGGGAGCAGAGAUGCGUGCCACGAUGCGUGGCCACGAGGGCACGGUGCGAGCUAUCUCGUCCAAUGCGAGCAGCAUUCUGUCGGGGGGAGACGACUGCAAGGUGCUGCACUUCGACAAGCGCACCUCGCUGCCCCUCGCCACACUCGACGCCCACACCGCCCCUAUCUCCUGUGUGCGCUUCCUCUCCGGCUUCGCGCGCAGUGCAGCAGUGACGGCGGGACUGGACGGGCUGGUGGAGGUGUGGGACAUGCGCUCGCACCGCCGCGCUCUCACCGUGGCACAGCCCUCACAGGGUGCUGCCGUGCUGUGCGUCAGCUGGCAUGAGGAUGCAGGGGGGCUGAUUGCCACGGGACAUACUGACGGCACGGCGCGGGUGUGGGACAUGAGGGCAGGCAGGGAGAUGCACUUCCUCGAGGCACACAGCAACUGGGUCAGCUGUGUGUUGGUCAACAAGGACAUCAUCAUCACGGGCAGCCACGAUUGGACGGCCAAGAUCUGGUCUGUGGAGACGGGUGACUGUGAGAAGAUCCUGACCGCCCACGGAGGCGCAGUGAGCACCAUGGACUACUGCACGUCGUCGCACCGCCUCGCCACCGGGUCGGCAGACGGCAUGGUCCGCAUUUGGAAGAAGGAGGACGACCAGUACAUUCCGCAGGAGACGAGUGGGUCGUCCUCAUCAGAAGCAGUGGUGGCGGUGCGGCUGAUGGACGAGGUGACAGGCGUGGCCACCGCCAGCAACCAGCUCAUGUUCCUCGAAUUCACCGACGCCGAUGGCCGUGUUGGUGGCACCGGCAGCGGCGGUGGCGACCCCUCCACGUGGGCCGUCAGCAAGAUGGUGGCCAACAUGCCCGAUGUGCUCCCAUCAACCAGCCCUUACCCCUCACUCUUAUCUUUCCAACUCCCUCGCAUUCCCUACCCUCUUCCCCCCACACCCAACCAUGCUCCCUCCCCACCCCCCCUCUCUCCCCCCGCCCACACUUUCCCAUCACCCGCCUCGCUCGUAAAGGUGCGGCACGUGGCAGUGGAUCUGGACUAUGGCCGCAUGUGCAGCGGCUCGCACACAGGCGCCAUCCGCAUUUGGGACGCAUUCCCCGAGGCCGCAGGGGCAGCAGCGGCGGCUGUAGCAGCAGGGCUGGGAGGCGUGCCGGCAGCAGCAGCACCCAGCAAGUACGACCUCACUGGCGUGUGGGACAGCUUGGAUUCAUCUGCUGCGCCGGCGUGA